AUGGGCAUCAAAAGAGGCGACAAUUUUGCUCUCAGCAGGCUUGGAUACUUGUACGAGUCUGGACAAGCUGUGGUUCAAGACUUCCGCAGGGCCAAAGACUUGUAUGAACUGGGCAUCGCAAAGGGUAGCACUGCUGCCUACUAUGACCUUGGCCGCUUGUACCAGCAUGGCUUAGGGGUGGCUCGAGACUAUGAGAAAGCACGGGAACUCUUCCAGCAGGCCAUGCAAAAGGGCAACGCUGACGCACCCACCAAUCUUGGAAUCUUGUACGAGUUUGGGCAAGGCGUAGCGAAAGAUCUUCGCAGGGCCAGAGAACUCUAUGAGAUAGGCAUCGAAAGGGGCAACGGUGCCGCCCCAGCUGCCCUUGGGAACAUGUACUACCAUGGCCGAGGAGUGGCCCGAGACUUUCAGAAGGUGCGGGAACUCUUCGAACUCAGCAUGCAAAGGGGAUGGCGCAGAGCCGCUACUAGUCUUGGAGUCCUAUACGAGAACGGGCACGGUGCAGCACAGGAUUUCCAGAAGGCCAAAGAGCUGUAUGAGCUGGGCAUCAAGAGCGGCUACGACCUUGCCCCCGAACUUCUAGGAAACAUGUACCGCGAUGGCCGGGGGGUGUACAAGGAUUGGAACAAGGCCACGGAACUGUAUGAGAUGAGCAUCGACAGGGGCAGCGCUGAAGCGGCGACUGGGCUUGGGUACAUGUACCAGCAGUUGGCUCACGACUUGAACAAGCCGGGGGCACAAUCCCCCAGCAUGCAAGAGCAUUAUGAAGGCAAAGCCUUGCGCAAGGCCAAAGAGAUGUACGAGUUGGCCAUUGCAAGGGGUAGCACUUCUGCCUUGUGGUACCUGGCCCUUCUGUACAAGAACGAUCUGAGCUCCGAUGAGCUGGCAUGUCAAUGGAUGGCCAAGGCGAAAGAAGCCGGGGAACGGGAGGCUGCCGACAAACUGGAGAUCAUUCCUAUCAGCCUCGAUGACAUGGAUAACCGCAUACGUGAGGUCUUCACGAUGUUCGACAAGGACGGUAGCGGGCAGCUUGACAUGGUGGAGCUUCGGGACGCGCCCUGCCCACGCGGACAGCGUGCGAAGCAUGGUUCUCAUGACAUUGUUCCAACCAUCGUCAUGGCGAUCUUCGCAGAGGAGUCCGUUGAAAGAGAGGACUUGCCCAAGCAGAUUUUGGACAGCUGGGUUCCACGGAUUCUUGACAGGCGACCGGACGUUGCAGCUAUUUUGCCAAAUUAG